UGUUAUGCCCGAUGGUCGCAUCGUUUUGCAGCGGUUGAGACGCGGGGGCAGACGGGAUGAGAAUAUUGCGUCUCGUGUGCGCAGACGUCGUGUCCACAUUGCGACCGACACGGGGCCCGACACGUGUCAUGUGGCAGGACCCGGUUGCCGUGUCAGAGGACGAGAUGGGAAAUCCUUCCAACGAGACGCGGCGUGACCCCGUUUACGCAGAGGCGCAAGCCUCGGUGACAAAUGCGAUGGUGACAGAGGAGGAUACUGGGUCGCCAGCGCCGGUUGUUGGCACUGAGGAGGAGACGAAGUUCGGAGGACCCGGUCCACUCCGCCAGGCGCAGACUCGGUGCACUCCAGCAGGCGCCCCAGUCCACUCCAUAGGAGCGGGUUUGGAGCACGGCGAGGCACGACGUGAGCUGCCUCCUCACACGAGUGACGACGGUCUAGAGGAUGGAGAGGUUGCACCUACUCCCACUUGUGGACAGGACGGGGAGGACAAACGUCCUCCUAUGGGCCACCAGCCUGCUGGACGAGAUGACGCGCGUCGUGACAGACGGUUCGACGAGUUCGGCGGCGAUACGAUACUGCAUCCUCUAGAGUCCGGCACUCCCACCAUUUUUUAUGUCGGUGGACCGUGGGCGGUGGAGCAGGGGUUGGCGGAGGAGGUGGCACAAAACCGUCAUGGCGGACCGCCCGUCGCAGCGAAACGUAGUCUGGGAGGUUCACUAGAGGUAGCGUCUGGAGAUUCUGCGGCGCAGUUAUCGGACGGUGUGUCAUCAGUCCGUCAACUGGAUAAGGGCUCGCAGCGAGAGCCACAUCGAGGCUCGACGGAGACUUUAGAGGCGAGGCCUCCCGAAGUUGUCCGCUCUUACGGAGGCGAGGGUGUGGGCCAUGAUACGGCGCAGCCAGGGAGCGCAGACGCUGGACGGUCCAUCCGGGGGGGCAUCGAGCGCAUAGGGUCAUCGACCUCACACCCCAACAUUGUUAGGCCCAACUCACAUGACGUUGGAGACGCGCACACAGAGGAACCUCGACCGCAUCUGAUGGGGAUGCGUGACAUCAUGCGUCCACCACCCUCACGCUCGCCUGCUGCUGACCUCGUCGCCCACAGGCAGGCCUCGCAGAGCGCAUUGCCGACGAGGUAUUUCUACGACGGUGCGGCCAUGGACCGGAGGGCGGGCGAUAUCGGACAUGCAUCAGCAUGCGGACCGGCAAAUGUGACCGCGGGGGCGCGAUUGAUCCGCAACGUCGAUGGUACUUGUUACGAUUCCAUGAGAGCUUACAAGGAGCAGCAUGGGAGGCCUAUACGGGCCAAGACGACCGAUGUCCAUGACACCAGGACGGCUACUGCGAGGCUAUCACGGGCGAGGAAGAAGGGAACAGGUGCGUCGAUUCCGUAUCACCGGCGCCGCCCGCAUCCUUUUUUCCGCAAUAGUGACGAGACCAGACAGAUGCCAGCUGCUGCAGAUGGAAGGGGCAGGGUGGACGGAGGUGACAGAGUGAACGAAUCAGGGCGAGGUGAGAAGAGACGAGGCGGCACGAUCAUCAUCCACGACGACAACUCCACAACCGCUGAGGGUGGUGAGACCACAGGCGCCGACGAUCCUGAUGACUCCGAUUACGUCCCGAGGAUCCGGACGGCGGACGGAGAUGACGGCGGAGGUCGUCGCGGUGUUGGGGUUGAGGCGCUACCCAUCUGAGGGUAGCGCAACAGGGUUCUGAGGUUGUUUCAGUUGAACGAUGCUCUGAGUUCAAUAAACAGUGUUAAUACUU